AUGGCGAUGAAAGGUUCGGUGGUCAAGAUGCGGUCGAAGGUGAAAGCUUCUAUUGGUCCGGUGCGGUGUGAAUCCAACAAUGCGGCUGCUGCGGGCCACCGAGAAACCGACCAACUGCUGGCGGGCUUCGGGUGCAACAUGGAGAAGCGAAAAGCGAAACGAAAACCAAUCGUCCCGAGCACUCUGGACCGUGCUGUAUCGCAAGGACUCCGGCAAAGAAUAGCCCGAUGUUUCGAUGCCGUACCAAAGGAUUCUCGUCAGUUGCUGCAGCUCGGGACGCUUCCACCGGAAGUGGGCUCGAACGAAGAGGAAGCAGAUGGUUUACUCUUUGACCUGCCGGCUCCCAAGCGGGAGGUAGCGAUAGAAGCCAGACCCAAACCGCGCCCGAUGCCCGAACGCAUGGAAAAUUGGAUGGAAAACUUUCUGCGGAAGUCGGCACCAAAGCGAAUCCGGUGGCGAUCGCAGCUCUACGGUGCGCCCACGGAGCCGCAUCCGGCCACGCAGGUGGAACAGUUGAUCGACGUGGGGGCGCAAGAUUUCGUCGAUUGGCUCAACACGCUCGGUGCGGAGCGGUCCAGCAUAACGAGGGGCAUUGUGCGGCAACUGUUCUCCGUCGAGACGGGCGACGAAAUGUCCCGGGCGCUGAAUGUGGCUCCGAAGGAGAUCGGAGCCAUUCCCGGGCAGGUGGCUGCCGAGUGGCACUUGCCUCAAAUGUCGCUGGAAAACCGGAUCGCCCGAGUACGGGAGCGUGACCGGAAGUCGGUGGCCGGAAAGGAGCGCCUAGCGUUCGGUCGAGCGUUGCCGAAGACGAUGCGCAGUCAAGUGGUGGACAGUGAGGACGGAGAAUCCGGGCGGGCGGACGUUCCGGAAGAUUUGAUGAGCUUGAGACGGUUGUUCAAAGACAUCUGGCACUUGCGCUCGGUGAAGUAUCUGAUUGACUAUUUUGAGGAACGGCCCAACUUACCGCGCCCACCGUUUCUGGUCGAAAAGGGUUUGUUCCAGCGGAGGGACAGCUGCGCAUCGGUCCCGUUCUAUCGGAAGGUGCUACCGCAAGAAGCUAUCGCCGGCAGUGUUCGAAAGUAG